AUGAUGAAUAAUGGUACAUUGACAUUAUUUGAUCGAUAUGAUGUUGGUUGUGAAUUAGGUAAAGGAACAUAUGGUAUUGUUCGUAAAGCAUUUGAUACUCGACAACAACAUCAUGUUGCUAUAAAAUGUGUUUGUCUUGGUGAAGAAGGUAUUCCAAGUACAGCUUUACGUGAAAUAAGUUUACUUCGUUCAUUAAAACAUAUAAAUAUAAUUCGUUUAUAUGAUAUUAAAGUUCAUCAACCUACUGGUGAAUUAUUUCUUUUUUAUGAAUGUAUGGAAAUGGAUUUAUAUGAAUAUAUGAAAUUAUAUGGAAAAUCAUUACCAGAUGAUUUAUCAAAAAGUUAUCUUAAACAAAUGUUAUUAGGUAUUGAUUAUAUACAUUCAAAUUCUAUGUUACAUCGUGAUUUAAAACCUCAAAAUAUUCUUAUCGAUUGGAUUGGUUCAUUAAAAUUAGCUGACUUUGGACUUGGUAGACAUUUUCAAAUGCCCAUGAGAAUGUAUACACAUGAAGUUAUUACACUUUGGUAUCGUUCACCAGAAAUUUUACUUGGUGCAAAAACUUAUACAACAAGUGUUGAUCUAUGGAGUAUUGGUACGAUAUUUGCUGAAAUAACACAUAAUCGAGCAUUAUUUGCUGAUAUUCAUACGAAGAUACUUUAUUUAUAUUUAGGUACACCAGAUGAUAUAACAUGGCCAGGUUUUUCAACAAUGCCUGAUCAUAAAAAAACUUUUCCACAAUGGAAAGCUCAAAAUAUGGCUCAAUUAUUAUGUAAUCUAUCACCUGAUGCUCUUCAACUUACACUUCAAAUGCUUAUUUAUGAUCCAGAUCGACGUAUAACAGCUAAAUCAGCACUUGAAAGUACCUAUUUUCAAUCAAUGUCAAAUCAUCCUAUUAUUCCACCACAAAUAAAUCAAAUAAAAAAUGUUGUAGUAACUGAAAAUACAACAUUAUCAAAUAAUUAG